AUGACAAUCAUUGUAUUAACUAUAUUUUGGUUAUUAUUACCUAUUCUUGCUACUAGCAUACAAUGCAUAAAUGGUGGUGAAUGGGUUGCACAUGCAUGCACUAUGGAUGCGCAAUGUGAACCGUACAAAAUAAAGCCAACGGACCAUGUUGUGUGCCUUGACUCGGAAUGCUGCACAGUACCAUGUUCAAAUAAUGGUACCUUUACAGGAAAGACAUGCGGAACAUCAUAUGAUUGCUUGCCGUCAGCGGAAAAUGUUGCAUGCCUUACAGGAUUGUGCUGCACUGUACCUCAACAAUGUCCAUAUGGCGGUGAAGUAAUUGGCCUGGGAUGUGACAAUUCAAAAUCAUGCGAAUGCUUAGCACAAGGACUCCCGGUAUUAUGUGUACAGCGUAUAUGUUGUGCUUAUCGACUUCCUAAUUAUUUUCCUGCUCAUUUCACCUAA